AUGGCGUUAGCUACUUUGCCUAAUUUCAACAUUUUUGAGUCCACCGACGCUGCCAGGAAGGGAAUUAUAAAUGCAUUAGAGGACAAGAAGUUAAACUUCAUCGGAGUUUAUGGGAUGGGCGGGGUCGGAAAGACGACCUUGAUGCAAGCAAUGACAAAGGAACUGAAAAAAGAAAGGUUCUUUGAUCGGGUUGUGAUGGCCACUGUAUCUCAAAACCCUCUUUUGAAGAAUAUUCAAGAUGAAAUUGCAGAGAGCUUGGGGUUCAAAUUGGAGAAAGAUAGUGAAUCAGGAAGAGCAGGAUUCUUGUGGCAGAUAAUUCAACACGAGAAACGAAUCCUCAUAAUCUUAGAUGAUGUAUGGGAACCACUGAUCUUAAAAGAUGUGGGAAUUCCUUAUGGAGACAAAGAGGAUUGCUAUGUUAUUAUCACGACAAGAUUCUUAUAUGUGUGUGACCAAAUGAACACCCAAUACAAAGUUGAAGUGAAGGUGUUAUUGGAAGCAGAUGCAUGGGAGCUAUUUAGAGUGAGCGCAGGUGAUUGCGUGGACUCCUCCGAGCUGCAUCCGGUGGCCAAAAUUAAAGGUAUGCAAAAAGAAGUAUUCAACUCCAUAAAAUUUAGUUAUGAUUCUCUCAGAGGCGAUGAUACACAAUAUUGUUUUUUGCUUUGUUGUUUAUUUCCCGAAGAUUUUAUUAUUUUUGAGGAUGAUUUGCUUCCAUAUGUGUUAAGUGAGGAUAUAUUUGAAGAUAUUGACAACAUGAAAGAAGCAAGAAACAGGUUGCAUUUGGUGUUGGACACACUUAAACAGUCAUGCUUGUUGUUAAAUGUUGACGGAAGAAGUGUCAGGAUGCAUGAUAUUAUUCGAGAUGUGGCCAUUUUGAUUGCACAGGAAGACCAUGGCUUUGUUGUAGAAGCUGGAAGAGAUCUGAGGGAGUGGCCCAAUGCGGGGAAGCUGACGCUGAGAACAUGCAAGCGACUCUCACUAAUGCAAAAUGAAAUCAGUAAGUUCCCUGCUGAACAGUUGGUUUUCUCCCAACUCAUGAUUUUAUCAUUACGAGAUAAUGAAUCUCUGAGGGAAAUCCCUGAUCCAUGUUUUGAGGGUAUGAUAUCACUCAAAGUUCUAGAUCUCCUAAAUACAAGAAUUGUUUCAAUACCAUCCUCACUCUCACGGUUGACGGAGCUUCGAGUGUUACGUCUAAAUAGAUAUAAAAUUAGAUAUACAUCAUCCCUGUGGGAACAAGAGGAGGAGUUGCCUGCGUCGUCUUUAGAUUUGUCGUUGCUUGGGAGCAUGAAGAAACUUCAAAUACUCGAUAUAAGUCACUACGACUUUACGACUUUGCCACAAGAAAUAGGGGGAUUGACAAAUCUUAAGUCCUUGCAUUUGUCAAGAAAUAUAGAUAUGCAUUUUUCAAAAAAUAUCCCCCCUGAGUUGAUUAUUUCCCCAAAUGUCCUAUCGAGGUUAUCUGAUUUAGAAGAACUCCACCUAAGUCAUUGCAACAUAAGCACUUUGCCACAAGAAGUAGGGGAAUUGACAAAUCUUAAGUCCUUGGAUUUGUCAGGAAACCUUAGGUUGAUUAUUCCCCCAAAAGUCCUAUCGAGGUUAUCUGGCAUAGAAGAACUCAACUUAGACGAUAGCUUUGAUGAGUGGGAGGUUGAAGAAUCAGAAAAUAAUAGCAAGGCUUGUUUGUCUGAGAUUACAUCCUUGGCUGGUUUGACAAAGCUUAAAUUAGUGGUAUCUAACAUAGAAUGCCUCAAUUCCAACACCAUCUCUUUGCAUGCACAAAACUUGACGAAGUUUACUAUUGGAUGUACAUACAGUGCGACGCGAAGACGAUCAGAAAUUGAGAUUAUAAAAAUAACUUUCCUUCGUCGUAAUUAUGCAGCUAGGAUGUUAUUUUGGGAAAUAACAAUCCCUAAACUUUCCAAUUGGGCUGAGGUGUUGCUGAGAUGGACAGAGCAGCUAUUUCUCGAAAAGUGUGGCGGUCCAAAGAACAUUUAUCCAGAACUUAGUGGAGGGAGUGGUCUAAACAACUUGCGAUAUCUCCACAUUUCUGCAUGCAAUGAUCUAGAGCAGAUUAUGAUUGUUGAGGAGGGAGAAGAGGCGGUGGAUAAGGUGGUGCUUCCUCGAUUAAGGGUUCUUGAUUUGAGUUCAUUGCUAAAUUUCUCAACGUUAUGCGGAGGGGUGUCAGUCCAUGAUUUCCCCGUCUUAGAAAGAUUGUAUAUUUAUGACUGCACCAAUUUGAGAAAGUUCCCUAUAAGUCCGAGUCCGGAGAGCACGCAAAGACCAAGGAAGAUCGAGGUAGAAGUUGAAGAAAGAUGGUUCAAUCAGUUGGAGUGGGAUGAACCAAAUGACGAGCAACGCCUUCGACAAUGGGCGGAGAGCCAUCCAACAGGUUAUACUUUGGAAACCCCCUUCGAAUAUUUUUUUCGAGUCGGAGGAUUCGUGGGGAUUUCGAUGAAUUAUGAAGCAGGAGAAAUUAAUGUCAAUGAGCUUAGAAUCCAAAUGGAAAGUCUUGGAACUUUGAGUGCAGAUGUUCAGAAGUUGGUGGACGACGCUCGAGCCCAAAAACGAGGGAUCAAAGAAGAGGUAACAAGUUGGUUACGUCAAGUUGAGGACACAAAGCGAGGUGAAGGUGUUAACGAACAACAACAACAACAACAAUGGAUGUCUCUGGGGCUGCGGUGCUCAUUUUCGUCUUGCCAAAGAAGCAAAAGGGAGGGAAUUAUAAAUGCAUUGGAGGACAAGAAGUUGAACUUCAUCGGAGUUUAUGGGUUGGGCGGGGUCGGAAAGACAACCUUGAUGCAUGCAAUGAAGACGAAACUGAAAAACAGAGGGUCCUUUGAUCGGAUUGGGAUGGCCACUGUAUCUCAAAACCCUGUUUUGGAGAAUAUUCAAAAUGAAAUUGCUGAGAGCUUGGGAUACAACAAAUUGGAGAAAGAUAGCGAUUCAGGAAGAGCAGAACUCUUGCAACAGAAAAUUCAAGGAGAGAAAUAA